AUGUCGUCUUCAUCGACAACCGCCAUUUCAAUUGUCGGCACGGUGACGCUGCCAGGCAUGACGCAGACCAUCGAGACAGCGCUGACAUCCGUGUUCACCACGGCCGUCACAUACAUGACAACAAUAACUGCAACCGUCUCCGUCCCCAUUGGCCAGCCCACACCGACCAUGGACCUGCUGACGACGUACACGACAGUAAACACGCACUACGAAACAACAACCGUGAUAGGCUCCUACCCGACGAUCCCCACACUGCCGGCACCCACGAUCAUCACCGGGGGCGUCGGCCAAGUGGGCGGCGUAACGAUUAUCGGGGCCAUCUACGAGCUCUGGAUGUACUUCCUGUGCCCCUCGCAGACAUGCUCGCCUUGGCGCGAAUGGCUGACGUUCAUUCCGAACGUCGCCGCCGGCUGGGUACUCGGGGCACUGGCGCUGAUUCUCGGACUGGGUCUUUUGAUCAUGGCGCUGAAGUGCGGCGGACUCGAGUUUAUCUUUGGCUUCCUCUCGAUGAUUUUCCUGUGCAUCUGCCUGUGGCUGCGCGCCGCGCUAAAGCACUCGUCCGGGAGUCUCUUUACGAUGUAUAAGGUGUCCUUGUGGUUUAAUUAUUUUGCCGCGGUGCUUAUGGCUAUGCUCAUUGUGCAGUUGAUUUUCCGCCUGGUCGUUCACCUUGAUAAUACGCUUUGCGGCGCGGUGCGUGGGCUGGUCGGGUUUGUGUACUUUAUCGCUCUCGUUCUGUUUGCCCUGCUGACUGCUGCAAUUGUGCUGAUGUUCAACCUGGCGUCGUUUGCCAAGAUGCAUAGUGGGAUGCAGUGCCUUCAAGCGUUUGUUGUUAUUAUGCUGAUUCUCGCUGUUAUUCUCCUGCUGGCUACCGCUUGGGCGUCCUCCAAUGACGUGAAGAGCCACCAUAUGGGCCAUGUCAUUAUCAUCGGUCUCUGCGUCUUGUUCUUGUUGGUUUGGGCGUGCUUUAUGACUGGGCGGGCGUUUUUGGGGCUGAGCAGUGCCGGAAGACACAGCGAGGCACUGUGGUACGUGUUUAAUAUCGUGCCGCUGCUGCUGAUUGCCCUGGUGCUUUUGGCGUUGAAUGCACCGGCGAUGUUUACUUUCUGCCAUUGCCAGGUCAACGCCUGCCCGGUGUGCAACCCGCAUGUGGCCUAUGGUAACACGGGUGUGGUUCAUGCGGCACCUAUUAGCGCAAACGCUAGGGAGUCGAAUGUCAACAGAUUCUACAUGUAA